AUGGACUUUGAUCUUUUGCCCGAUAUCUUGAGGGAGGCACCGUCUUCAUCAAACCAAUUGCUACAUGAUUUACCUCCCAGCAGACUAAAAAGUGAUAAUAAUAUUACAGAUCAUGACAAUCGCCAGCACUCCUUUUCUUCUCACCAUGAGCCUUACAAUAACACUACCAGUUUGCCGACAUCGCCAACAUCGACGACAUCUUUGAAAAGUGAACCACUUGAUCUUGAGACUGCCUCCACACUAUCUUAUUCAACCGGAUCAGCUAUAUCCAAAAUCGAAGAGAUCUGCGAAGCCAUGACAGACUGUAUCAUCGGACGGAGGAAACAAUUUUCCAUCUGUUUAAAAUCUCGGAGUCUCAACACAAAGUAUGCGACUGAAGACAGCAAAGGACCCUCUUCUUCGAGGAGUAGAAUUGUGCAGUUUCCGAAUGCCUCGCCUCGAGAAGCGUGGAAAUUCAGUGCUUUGCUGCGAAUACUCGAGCUUUCUCACGAGGCCCUUGUCACUGGCAAUAUCCUUACCAAAAGAGACAUGUAUUAUCGAGAUCCGGAACUGUUCACAAAGCAGGCAACUGUCGAUCGUUUUGUUGAUGACAUCGCAUACACCCUUGGAUUGAAGCGUGAUGCCCUAAAUGUGGUGGCGGCCGCCAAAGGAUUAGUAACAGGCUCGUUUGUCGUCAAAAGAAGGAAUAAGUCUGUCAUGGACUAUUCAUCAGCGGCCGAUUCACAAUUGGUGCCAUGGGCGAAAGAAAUCGAAGAGAUCGACCUUUGGCAGGUUAAAUGGAUCUUGGCGACCUUUCGCACAUUGGCAGAAAAACGAUACUGGGAAUGUUCGACUGCAGGGAAAGGGGUAUUACUCACAGCCAAAGGUUAUCCCGACAUACAAAGUCGACAAUUUCUUCACUAUUUGUGGAAACACUACCCAUUGAUACCGAUUUAUGCUCUAGUAGAUUUUGAUCCCGAUGGUAUAGGUAUUAUGUCGACUUACAAACACGGCUCUGCCGCACUCGCCCAUGAGAACGAAGAUCUGUCCGUUCCUUCCAUAUGCUGGCUCGGAAUUAGAAGCACGGAUAUGAUACUAGGAGGGGGAGAAAACGAGGGCCUACUCAAAUUGACGAAACGUGAUAGGCGACUCGCAGUGAGGAUGCUGCAGAGAGACGUAUGCCAGGAGAAUGGAGAUGAGGAAGAAUGGAGAAGAGAACUCCAAAUAAUGUUGAUGCUAAACAAGAAGGCGGAGAUACAGAUUAUUGGGAAUGUUGAUGCAUUAGAAGGCUGGCUCAAUAGAAGGCUAGGAGAACAAAUAGAUAUAGUGGGAGUAUCAUAA